AUGUCGUCGGUUACAAAGAGAAGACUCCAAGCACUCAGCGAGCAACUGGUAGCUCCCAUUGGAGACCAAGGCAAAUUCGAAGAUAUCCCAAUCCUCAAGAAAAUCGCACCCGACUCUACCAAGCCCCGAGUCGAAGGCAAAGUAGUGAUUGUGACAGGAACCAACUCUCCUCUCGGCAUUGGACGUGCAUCAGCACACCAGUUCGCGCAGAAUGGUGCAAGAGCCGUCUACAUAUGCGACUUCAGCGACUCGCAUCUAGAAACCCACAAGCGCGAGAUUGUAUCAUUAUACCCGAAUGUCGACAUACAUGUGCGGAAGUUUGAUGCAUCGGACGAGGAUGCGGUCAAGUCUGUGGUGGAUGAGGCGGUUUUGACUUAUGGACGAUUGGAUAUCUUCUUUGCAAAUGCCGGGAUUGUUGGACAGCCCAAGAUCUUCACCGAUAUCUCGUCGGAUGAGUUUAUGCAUACACUAAAGACGAACGUUGUCAGCGUGCAUCUUGCAGCCAAGUAUGCAGCACCUGCAAUGAUGUUGACAAACGAGGAGAAGAAGUAUCCUGCAGGUAGCAUCGUAGCAACUGCAUCAGUAGCAGGUCUCCGAUCGAACGCAGGCUCGAGCGAUUAUUCCGCUUCUAAAUCGGCCGUAGUUUCUCUGGCACAAACCGUCUCUUACCAAUUGGCCGGAACAGGUAUUCGUAUAAAUGCUAUUUGCCCUGGUGUGAUCGAGACUGGCAUGACAGCUAUCAUGUAUGAAGCAGCCAGAGCAAAGGGAACCGAGAAGAAGAUCGGCCAGCUUAAUCCUCUGAGAAGAGGUGCACAGGCAGAUGAGGUUGCAAGAGUCGCGCUGUUCUUGGGGAGUGAUGAAAGCAGCUAUGUCAACGGUCAAGCGUGGGCUGUUGAUGGAGGACUGAGUGCUGGGCACCCAUUCGUCCCAGGCAAACUAGCGUAA